UUUUAUAUUAAAUUCUUUUAAUAAAGUUUCGACACGUCAAAUAUAAACCUAACCUAACUUAACAUAUUUUUUAUUUUAUUUAAUCAACUUUAUUAUUUGAUCAACUUCAUCAAAACAUAAAAAAAAUACUUAUUGUAUGUAUAAAAUAUAAUUAAUCGAGUUAUUUAAACAUAAUCAUUAAUUUUACAUAACCUCAAUUUUGACGUUUAUGUGUCACAAUUAUGAAAAUGUGGUUAACAAUCAUUUUAUUAACUCUUUGUAAUUAUUGUAAUGGAUUAAAUAGCUACACCAAAGAAGAUAUUAUCAAGUUUAGAGAAGAAGUAAGAGGUAUGUUUUACCACGCUUAUGAUAGUUAUUUAAAAUAUGCUUAUCCAUACGAUGAAUUAAGACCUUUAUCGUGUGAUGGAAUAGAUACGUACGGCAGUUACUCUUUAACGUUAAUAGACGCAUUAGAUACUUUAGCAAUUAUGGGUAAUUAUACGGAAUUUCAACGUGUUGCUGAAAUCUUAACAGCUAAAGAAAACUUUGAUUCAAACAUAAACGUCUCGGUUUUUGAGACAAAUAUACGUAUAAUUGGAGGAUUACUCAGCGCCCAUUUAUUAUCACAUAAAGCAGGUGCUAAACUUGAACCUGGAUGGCCUUGUAACGGUCCCCUUUUGCGAUUAGCCGAAGAUGUUGCAAAAAGACUUAUUGUAGCGUUUGAUACACCAACAGGAAUGCCUUACGGUACAAUUAAUUUGAGAAGUGGAAUUCCACCCGGGGAAACAACGGUUACUUGUACUGCUGGAAUUGGGACGUUUAUUUUGGAAUUUGGUACUUUGAGUCGAUUAACGGGAGAUCCGCUUUACGAAGAAGUGGCAACAAAUGCUUUAAACGCUUUAUAUCAUCAUCAAUCGCAAUUAGGUUUGUUUGGAAAUCAUAUUGAUGUGGCAACUGGUCGCUGGACGGCUCAAGAUUCUGGGAUAGGUUCUGGGGUGGAUUCAUAUUUUGAAUAUUUAGUUAAAGGAUCGAUUUUGUUGCAAAAACCCGAAUUAUUAGAGAUGUUUUAUGAAGCACGAAAAGGAAUCGAUAAAUAUUUAAAACGGGAUGAUUGGUAUUUGUGGGUGUCGAUGACAAAGGGGCAGGUUACUAUACCCGUUUUUCAAUCUUUGGAGGCUUAUUGGCCCGGGGUGCUUAGUUUAAUAGGGGAGACGUCCUCUGCGAUGAGAACUUUGCAUAAUUAUCAUCAAGUUUGGCAACAAUAUGGGUUCACACCUGAAUUUUAUAACAUUUUGCAAAUGGAAGCGGGCGCUAAUCGGGAAAAUUACCCAUUAAGGCCUGAAUUAAUUGAAUCUGUUAUGUAUCUUUAUAGAGCAACAGGAGAUCCUUAUCUUCUUGAGGUUGGGGUUGAUAUUUUGAGAAGUAUUCAAUAUAGUGCUAAAACUCCUUGUGGAUAUGCGACGAUUAAAGAUGUUAGAGAUCAUCGGAAAGAAGAUAGAAUGGAAUCUUUCUUUUUAGCGGAAACAACUAAGUACUUAUAUCUCCUUUUUGACCCAGAUAAUUUCAUUCAUAAUCAAGGCCAAUCCGGGACAAUCAUCGAUACACCAAACGGUGAAUGUGUCAUUUACGCCGGGGGUUAUAUCUUCAACACGGAAGCUCAUCCGAUUGAUCCGAGCGCUUUGCAUUGUUGUUAUGAUAUCCCCAAAUUGAAACUUUAUGAUUUCUCCGAGUUAAAAUCAAAGAGAAAUGUGUUCCGUGGUGAAUCAAUCUCGGAUGUUAAAAGACGAUCAACAAAAUUUCCUGAAAAUGUUGAUAAAAAAGAAAAUAAUCGAGAUGAAGAUGAUUUAAAAAAUACUGGAGUAGGGAGUUAUGAAAUUGUUACUUUAAAAACUGAGGAUAAUAAUAGUGUUUUAAUUGAAAAAGAAAAUAUCUCGAAAACUUUACAGGAAAAAAAAUCAAAAAAACUUGGUCCUUUAUUCAAAGAAAAAUUUGAUCCGCAAAAGAUGUUGGAGAGAUUUCGUCAAGAUAAUAAAUUUCCAAUAAACUCCACUUGGAGUGAAAGAUAUGAAAUAUUAAGUUGUAACGCUCAACCGUUUAUCCAAAAAAUGUCUUUGUAUGGUGAAUUUUUUAAUAAAUAAUUUUUGACAUA